AUGUCCUCGUAUAUAUUAACAUUUUGCGUGUUAUUUAUUGUAAAUUUUACUUGGUGUUUUCGUUUAGAAAACAAAGACAGAGAUACAAGAGAACACAAAAUAAAAUGGCCCACGGAAUUUUAUCUGAAAGGAGAGGAAAUAAAAAUGAAGGACUCUACUCUCGAAAAGCCAUUUGAAAUGUGGUACAGCGCUAGUUUGAAACGCUCAAGAGUUGAUCACGGCGCUGAAAAGAGAUAUUACUACGCACCUACAGAUGAGAACGACGGAACCAUGUAUUUGAUACAUCCCGUAACAAUUGAUCAUGAUUUAACAACCGGCUUGAGUUGUUCGGAAGAUGUUUACGACAAAAGAGGAGCCUUGUUGUUACCUAGACUUGGAAAACUUCAGCACGUCGGGAAUAAAACGAUUGAUGAUCACGUCGUAGAAAUACUGCGAUCGUCUAAGACGAUCAAGGAUAUGAAAAUGAACAUCGAGGCGUUGGUGUACUGGCAGGAUGGAUACCACAUUCCAGUACGAAUAACGAUACAGCAAUACACGAACUCAAGAGGAAGUUUGGAUAGCGUGACGAUCAGUAACUACUACAAUUUCAAAUCUAAAGUUGAUCCAAGCGAUCUGGAUGUUGAAAACGAGGAAGCUGAUUGUAGUAAUGCAACUGCUAUAGAAGGAAGGUCAAAUUACUGGGACCUCAACUAUAAUAGGACAAGAGACUUGGCUUUCAAGCGUUUCCAGAAUUACCACAACGUGCUCUACGAUGUAGGGGAAUACGAAAUGAGGAAAGCCAUAUUUCAAGAUAAUUUGGACAAAAUAAUCGAGCAUAACAAAAAGAACUUAUCGUACAAAAUGGAAAUCAACCAGUUCGCUGAUAAAACUGAGGAGGAGCUGAAAUAUUUGUCCGGGACCUGGAUGUCCAGGGACGACCACGUGCCUCUACCCUUUCCUUACACAGAAGCAGAAAUUGAUGAAAUGGUGCAGGCUUUACCAGAUGAUUUCGACUUGAGACUUGAGGGAGUCAUUUCUCCAGUUAAAAACCAAGAUAAUUGCGGCUCAUGCUGGGCCUUCUGUUCCGCUGCAUCCAUCGGUGGCUCUCUGGCGAGGAGAAACGGCGGUCGGGACCUUGCUCUUAGCGAACAAUCUCUAAUCGACUGCGCUUGGGCGUACAAUCUGAUGGGUUGCGACGGAGGGGCCGUGGAUGAUGCCAUGCAAUAUGUGAUGCAGCACGGCAUUCCGGUGGAGAGCGAGUACGGGCCAUACAUGGCUAUUAAUGGGUAUUGCAACCUCAAGAAUAUGUCGAAGCUGUACAUCAUCACAGGAUACGGUCAAGUGACUCCGAGGAGCCCGAACGCCUUGAAGCUGGCCCUGUACAAGUACGGGCCGGUGGCGGCCGGCGUCCACGUCACUAGCAACAUGAAGUUUUACUCGAAUGGGAUAUUUUACGACGUCGACUGUGACAACAAACUACAGAACCACUGCGUCACAGUGGUGGGCUAUGGCGUCAGGGACGGAGACACGUACUGGAUCGUGAAGAACUCCUGGGGGGAAGGGUGGGGGGAAGGGGGAUACAUCCUGCUGUCAGCAACGAACAACAAUUGCUUACUGAAUGACAUUGCUUACUACUCUGUAAUCUAA